UUCCUCUUUGUUUUUGUUUACAUUUUUCUCUCGUUGAUUUUUUUUUAAUUUUCAAUCUCAUAGCAAAUUAGUAUUUCUUUUUUUGUGUCAUCAAGGAUCGCUUUUUGUCAAAAUGUCGAUUCAACAGAGACCAGUAUCUGAACUAAUUCGAGGCUCUGAUUUUCCAGAGGAUGAGCCUAAAAAACGUUCACGAGAAGAUUUUAAAAAGGAAAAGGAAUUGGAGGAAUUGCGGAAAGCGGGUACAGUUCCAGCUCUUGUCGAUGAAGAUGGUAAAGACAUUAACCCUCACAUUCCACAGUAUAUUUCCAUCACCCCUUGGUACUAUGGCUCUUCUGGACCAACAUUAAAACAUCAGCGACCACAAGAUGAAAAUGCAUCCAAGAUUGCUCGUGUUGAUGAAUGGUACCAACGAGGAACAACAAACAAAAUUGCUACCAAGUAUAGACCUGGAGCUUGUGAGAACUGUGGAGCCAUGGGACAUGAUCGAAAAUCUUGUUUCGAAAAGCCAAGGAAGAUUCCAGCCAAAGUAUCGGGGAUUGUUACAGCUCCAGAUGACGUCGAGGUAGCUAAACUUAAUUUAGAUUAUGGGAAAAGAGAUCGGUGGAAUGGCUAUCGUCCUCAGAUGUACAAAGCCGUUGUUGAUGAAUACGAAAAACUUGAAGAGGCAAAAAAAAUACUAAAAGAAGAGAAAUUAAAAGAAGAAUUGGUCGAAAAAGAGGUAACCGAAUCUAAAGAAAAAGGGGAUUCGGAUUCUGAUUCCGAUGAAGAAGAUAAAUACGCCGAUCAUAUUGAUAUGCCUGGUACAAAAGUAGAUUCUAAACAAAGAAUUACUGUGAGAAAUCUUAGAAUCAGAGAGGACACAGCCAAAUACCUUCGAAAUUUAGAUCCUGAUUCUGCUUAUUAUGAUCCGAAAACUCGUUCCAUGAGAGACAAUCCUUAUAAAAAUACAUCAAAAGAUCCUUCUGAUCUUCCUUAUGCUGGUGAAAAUUAUGUUCGAUUUUCAGGUGAUGCUGUUAAAGUCGCACAAACUCAAUUAUUCGCUUGGCAGGCUCGAGAUAAAGGUGUUGAUAUUCACCUUCAGGCCGAACCAACAAAAAUGGAAAUCACUCGCAGAGAGCACCAAACCCAAAAGACUAAACAUAAAACUUCAAUAAAACAAAGCAUCUUAGAGAAAUAUGGCGGAGAGGAAUAUCUUCAAUCACCACCGGCCGAAUUGGUUUAUGGACAAUCAGAGAGAUACGUUGAAUAUUCUCGCGACGGAAAACCUAAAAUCGAACCACCGAAGACGAUAAUUCGAUCUAAAUACGAGGAAGAUGUUUAUCCAAAUAAUCAUACAUCCGUUUGGGGCUCUUUUUAUAACGUCAAGACUCAAAAAUGGGGCUACAAAUGUUGUCAUGCGACAGUUAAAAACGCUUAUUGUGUCGGAUCAGCUGGAAUUUCUAAUGAUGAUUUAAUUAAAGAAAAUUUAAUUCACGGUAUGGAUAAAGUGGAAAAGAAAAAAGAAUCAUCUACGCAAGAAUCAUCAUCUGAAGACCGAACAACGGAUGAGACAACAAAUGACAAUGACCCCAAAUUGGUUAUUAGUAAACAACGAUGGUCAGAAUUGGGACACAAGAAAAGGAAACGAGGAAAUAAUUUAUUCCCCGUGGAAGAUGGAGAGAUGAUAGAUGAUCGUAAAAGACCAUACAAUUCAAUGAGUGCUUCUUAUGAACCCACUGAGGAGGAAAUUGAAGAAUACAGAAGACAAAAGGGUCGAGAAGAUGAUCCGAUGUAUAAAUAUAUUAAUAAAAAAUAAACUUUGACAAGGGAGCGAUCAACAUGAUCGCUAAGUUUAUACAA